AUGCCUCGCGGAGUUGGCGAAGUCACCAAAGUCUUUUACAAGGGCAGCACCGAUGACUUCAUCGUAUUUGUCGAAUCCCCUCAAGACCUCAAAGCAUGGCAAGCCGACCAAUCAAUUCCUCUUGCACAAGUGGUGAAUAGCUUCAAGAUCAUGGUCACCCACAAACAUGGCGCACAGGGUCAGUUGGAUGGGGCAAGCAAAGCCAGUCUGGAGAAUGAGUUUGGUACCAGCAAUGAAGAUGAAGUCAUCAAGAAGAUUCUCCUAGAGGGACAACCACAAACUGUGACGACCGGUGAACGGGGAGGUGACCGCAACGAGACCAAGGGUCCCAGACAAGGACAUCCCACCGCAUAG